AGCAAAACUCGAUAGAGUUUUCGGGUCGAUAUUUGGAGGAUGCUUGCGCACUCUAGUGUUUAGUUUUGGCUUACCCACAAGCUGAAUAUCCCCUCUGUUAAUUGGAAUACACCACCUGACGUCUAAAGGAAAUCCACCUCCUUUCUAAUUUUCAAAAAUUAUUUUUUUUGUUUUUCUUAGAACGUGCUCGGCAAUGUCUUCCAUCACUUUGGAGAUCAAAAAGUUAGCUCGCACCUUAGUUGAGGCGGCGUUUCCCGAUGGAACCAACCGCUCAAUCGAAAUAUCAAGCAGUGGUUUGGAAAGUGGCGACAAUUUUAUUGGAUUGAUCUACAACGUCACAGUCAAUGAUACAAACGGAACCCUUCAUUUAGUCUUAAAAGUGGCACCGCAAGAAGGAACCUUUAGAGAGACAUUCGCGGUCCGCGAGAUCUAUAAAAGCGAAAUAUUUACCUACAAGGAAAUACUACGGGAGUUUUUUGAGUUGCAGCGCGAUAAAAACUUGGAGCGCAAUUUUCAAGCGUUCGCCAAGUUGUACGCCUCGUCAACCGAGUACCUGCGGGAGGCGUUGAUAAUGGAGAACGUGAAAAUGAAGGGUUUUAGACCUCUAAAUUAUCGAAUAUCCGUCGACUACCCUCACGCUUCGCUUGUCAUGAGGGAAAUUGGCAAGUUCCAUGCGCUGUCGUACGCAAUGCGUGACCAAAAGCCAAAAAUUUUUGACAGCUGGAAAGAUCAGUGCCAUAAAUGCCUUUUCUUCAGCAAUGUGAAGGUGCCUGCCCUGAAAGCCGUACCUAUUUUGACCAACGCUAUUCUAACCUCCUACCCUUCGCAACAAAAUGAAGAGGAGCGGAAAGCUCUGCAGGAAUUCGUGAAUAUUUUACCAGUCAUUUACAGAAAUUUCUCUUGUAUUAGUCGAGAUGACAUGAAAUAUGCCGUGAUAAUUCACGGUGAUUUGGAAAUACGCAACCUUCUCUUCAAAUACGGGAAUCCACACGACCCCGAUUGUCCCACAGAGUUGUGCAUAGUAGACUGGCAAUUGAUGCAUCUCGCUCCGCCGGCAAUGGAAGUUCUAUUUUUUAUCUUCCUAAGCACCGACAAAGAGCUGAGAGAGCAACAUUACACAAAAUUGAUAGAGGAGUACUAUCAGAGCUUUUGUUUAUUCCUGCGAGAACUCGGAAGCGAUCCUGACAGUUUGUUUCCGUUUCCAAUUCUACUAGAGCAUUUGAAGAAAUAUUCGGGGUGGGCUCUAUUACUCGCAAUUUUGUUUAAUCCCUCAAAUUUGAAAGAGGGCGAUGACAUCCCUGAUUUUUCCAACUGUGACGAUGAGGAUGCUAUGGUCGCAAUGAUGUCCAUUAUACCUAAACGCCGUUACCUUCAGAGGAUGCGAGAUGUUGUCAGUGACAUGUUGAAUUAUGGCUACCCAUUCUACAUGCUGACAGAUCAAUCACGUACUUGAUUGUUAAUUUUAAUAGGGUUAACCAAAAUUCAUGUAAAAUUAUGGAUAGGUAUCAUUAUUGAAUUGCUUACUAAAGA